CUUAAAAUGGAGGACUACUUGAAAAUAAUAUGUCUUAUACUUUUGACCGGAAAUGCAAUUUGUAACACAGUGUAUAAAGGUGACCAAACAGUUUUGGUAUGCACUAUCGCGAUUGGAGAUUUUCCGAGCUGGAGAGGUCCCCCUGAGGUAAAUGGGAUGCGAACAAUAUAUAGCAACCAACCAAAUGCACAAUUCAAUCCUGCACUUGGAGAGAAAAAACUUGCUAGAAUGAAAUGGGCGGACAAUAAAAAAGACUUAAACUUCACUUCCACUCUACAAGAAGAUGAAGGGAUGUAUAGUUGCUCUUACGUGUCUGGAGGUUUUAUUACAAUAAUGUUAAAUAUAAACGGGCGUAUCUUCUCAAGACCAAAACAACAACCGGUUCUUUUGUACAAUCACGAUAUACAUAACGACGGCUCUGUUGGCCUAUACACACCAAGUAAUUAUUCUAUAUUCCAAGUCACUUGUGUAAGUGGUAUCUGCUUUGGAGACGAGUAUUUAAAUUGUACACUAGCCCCAAGUGGAAACAUCUCAAAUGGUCGUUUGCACAUUAAACUGGAUAACUUCCGUUCUGGUGAACAAGGCAACUAUUCAUUCAGAAGCCCUUCAACAACUUUAGAGACGAUAACCGUCUACAUGCUCGGCAUCCCCGAAACACCAGCCAUCCAUUUAUCACCGAGCAGAGACGCGUACUUUGAGGGCAAUAAUCUGACAUUCAUGUGUGCGAGUAAUUCAACAACCAUUCCUGCAAGCCAUAACCUUCUUUUAAACUACACUUGGAUAAUAGAUAACAAUACAUACUUAAACAAUUCAAGAUUUGUUUUUUCACAACGAGGAAAGUAUCUUACAAUUCAAGAGAUUUCUGAGGCUGAUACCGUAUUGGAAAUCAAGUGCACUGUCAUGGAAAAUGUCGCACAAGGAUUUACCUCCAACGAAAGUUAUGCCGCAGUGUUUAAUGUAAUAUAUGGUCCAAAUGCCUCAGUCAUAAGCGAAAAGACACCGUAUGUCGUCAUUGAAGGAGAAGAAACGGUUCAAAUUAUUUGCACGUCUGUUUGCUGGCCCGGAUGCACACACUUGUGGAAAAACGACACAGAUAAUACCACUACGACAAUGUCAGGAAUCAUUUCUUUUGGGACGAUUGCACGAUAUCAUUCUGGAAAUUAUACUUGUGUUUCGAGAAAUAUAAGACCUGAAUAUCUAAAAGAAAGUAGUUCCACACUUAGCCUCGGGGUCCAAUACUCACCUGAUGUGUUGAUUGAAACAGUUAACACUACUUCGACCGAUUCAGAUUUUUCCCUUCGAUGUUAUGCCAAAGGCGUGCCAAACAAUUAUAGUUUCUAUGACUGGGUUCAGCACUGGCCUGGGUAUGGUAUUGUAGCCACUUAUCCCCCAGAUGGAAAUUCACUCAAGCUGUUUCGUGUAUCGUACCAAUAUUCUGGGAUUUGGUACUGCUCGGUGAGCAAUGGCAUUGCAGAUUACGCCACACAGAGUAUCAAGAAAAAUGCCUCAGUAGACAUUUUGAUAAAAGAUGCACCAGUUCUUGCUCAACCCAAUCUACCCAGUGGAAGCAUUUAUACUGUAAAAGUGGCCAAAAGCGAUAGAGAUACUUUCAUUAAAUUACAUAUCUACUCAAAUUCCGGUCCAGUGAGAGUACAUGUAUAUCCACUAGAAAAUGGUAUCAGAACAAAGGAUGAGUUCGAAGUUCGAGGUCUGUAUCAAGGUUUAAUACUUCUGCCUGUGUUUGAACAUUACAUUACGACGCAAGGUAUAAUUGCAAAUGUAUCGUUAGAAGUCAAUGAAAAUGUUGAAUCAUCUCGUUACGUAGUGAUGAUACAGAACGACUUUAAAGAGACACUGUUGACAGUAGAGCUGACAAAAGACCUGCAAACCGAACAGACGUAUUCAGUCGGGGCUAUUGUUGGUAGUGUUGUUGGCGGGGUCGCACUUUGCCUUUUGCUAGUUCUACUUGUGAUUUGCAUAAAACGUCUGAGGUCUUCACGAAUAUCAAAGAUCCCAGCGCAAGCAACUGGUUCUCAAAGCAAGGACACAGACAGACAUUCAUCUGAAUCAGCAGUCCAUUAUGAAAUGGAUACCAUUCAGCAAUACCUUGACAUACAAGACACUAUUGAUCAAGGCAGUGACUUAGCCGCUCAUUAUGAAACUUUGGAAACUAACAAGACGUCUCUCGGAAAUGCGUACGAAGAUUUGGUAAAAAAACAGUAGACUUGAAUAAACCCAAGUUGUGUAAAAAGUGUAAGCUCUUUCAUGAGUGCAAAAUCUGAGAGAGAAACAGACACUGUAAGAAACUUACAUGAUUGACGCGACAGUGCCCAAAUAAAAUUUCAUGCAGAGAGGAUGUAGGGAUAAAAAAAUAAUUCAA